AAAUGGAGUAUAAAGCGAGCAGAAGUUGACCUCUCCCAUUCGACCUCGCUCUCCCCUGUUUCCGCUCCCCUCCUCCGGGAAAGCACCCACCACAGUAGCAAGGCAGGGGAAGGAGAGGAGACCGGAGGAGGGACAGCCACGAGCAGAUCCAGUGCAGGGCUCCUCCUCCUCCUGCACCUGUGGCGCCGCUCGCCGCCUUGGGACGGCGACGCGCUCGGGUUUCCUCCGCCGCCGCCGCCAGCGAAGUCGGGAUCUUGAGGUGCUGAGGUUUUCUGAGUUAAUGCACAGAAUAUAGAAUUUUCCAGUUAAUUUGCUUAUGAGAUCAGUAAGCUGCUAUGGGCAUGUGAAGCAGAAGUGAAGCUCCCAUUGCUUCAAAUUGGUGAAUGAUCAAUAUUUUGUCUGUUUCAGAUCUUAGUGUCCCUAGAUAUGGAAGGAACAGAGGCAGGCUUAUGGUAAGCCCUAGUGAAUAUUUGUGGGAGGUCAGCAAGUGGUGGCCUGAUUAAGACUGCAUCAAAGAAAUUCGUUGUUCAUCUUUCUUUACUAAUGACAGCAUUAACGAGAAUGAAGUUCCCGAAGCGAUAUGUCAUUGUGCUGCUGACAUUCAUCUGCACAAAUGUUUGUUACAUUGAGCGUGUGGGAUUCUCGAUUGCUUACACUGUAGCAGCUGAUGCCAUCGGUGUAAAUCAAGCAAACAAAGGCAUGAUACUCUCCAUGUUCUAUUAUGGUUAUGUCUUGUCACAGAUUCCUGGUGGAUGGGCAGCACAGCGAAUUGGAGGCAGACGAGUUUUGCUAAUGUCGUUUGUGCUGUGGUCUUUGAUAUGCGGUUUAAUUCCACUGGACCCCAACAGAGAAGUCAUCCUGAUCCUUUCUCGCCUUUUUGUCGGUGUAGCACAAGGAUUCAUAUUUCCUGCCAUCCACACUGUUCUUGCACAAUGGGUGCCUCCGCAGGAGCGCUCUCGCUCAGUGUCUCUAACAACCUCAGGGAUGUACCUUGGUGCAGCUGGUGGUAUGCUGUUUUUUCCAAGUCUGGUGAAGCACAUGGGACCUCAGUCAGUUUUCUUUGUUGAAGCAGUAUUGGGGGUAGCAUGGUCAGUAAUAUGGUUGAAGUUUUCCAGUGAGCCGCCUCGCAUUGAUCUUCCAAAAGUAUCAAUGCCAAAAGUGGCAUCUCGAGAGAAGAUCAAGGCACAAGCAGGAGGGGUUGUUGCACCUCGUACUGUAAAGAUCCCAUGGCGAAGGAUUAUCUUCAGUCUACCGGUUUGGGCAAUUGUUGUAAACAACUUCACCUUCCACUAUGCGUUGUAUGUCCUUAUGAACUGGCUGCCCACCUAUUUCGAAUUAGGCCUUCAGCUCAGCCUUCAGGAUAUGGGAUCCUCAAAGAUGCUUCCCUAUUUCAACAUGUUUAUAUUUUCCAAUAUCGGCGGUGUGGUUGCUGAUCACUUGAUUACAAGAAGGAUCUUAUCUGUUACCAAGACAAGGAAACUCCUGAACACCAUUGGUUUCGUUGUCUCGGCUGUUGCACUUAUGGCCCUUCCCUUGUUCAGGACUCCCUCAGGGACUGUGCUCUGUUCGUCGAUAUCGCUUGGUUUUCUCGCUCUAGGAAGGGCGGGCUUUGCUGUGAAUCACAUGGAUGUUGCUCCAAAAUUUGCUGGUAUAGUGAUGGGGGUUUCAAAUACAGCUGGGACAUUGGCUGGGAUAGUUGGUGUUGGCCUCACCGGAAAUAUUUUGGAGGGGGCAAAGGCUUCUAACAUGGAUCUGACAAACUCGGAAACCUGGAAAACAGUCUUCUUUGUUCCAGGAUACCUCUGUAUUUUUAGUUCUGUCAUUUUUUUGAUUUUCUCGACUGGCGAAAAGAUUUUCGAAUAGAGGAAGACUAUUUUUUGUUCCUUCUCAUUUACAUUGAGGCUGGAUAGCAAUACGGGAUUCUUACAAGUUUCUGUUCGUCAUUUAUUAUAUUUUGGAAUUAUGAUUGUAUCCCAUACAUCCUUAAGAAACGGUGCAGAAAGGAUUGCACAUUAUUUUUAUAGUAAAUUAUCGUCUCUGUAGUCAGUCAGGUUUCUGUUAUUCAGGCAGACUGGAUUGCAUCUUUACAAAUGUAACAUUAUGUAUUCUGCUGUCACCUAUUCAGGCUUAUUGGAUGUCCUCUUUGUUGUAAAUAUGGAAUUGCC